CUGCGUCCCAGGUACAACACAACCAGCUUCUCAACGCAAUAGCAUAACCAUACUGGAAUAGUAGUUUAUACGUUUCUAUGUAGUCAUGAUUUGAUCAAAAUCAAAAGUGGAAUAUCUGUCUGAGGAGUUUGCUUACAACACGAUCAAUCCUUGACAAUGAGUGGCAUCACAGUAUUGGUGAAGGAUUAUGACACGGGACAAGAAGAGGGGCGGCCGGUGUCCCCGUUCUCUGAGGAGUGCUGUGAGGAGCUGUGGGACCGGGUGGAGGGGGUGAGGCACAAGCUGACCCGCAUCCUAAACCCAGCCAAGCUCACCCCCUACCUGAGGCAGUGCAAGGUCAUCGACGAGCAGGAUGAGGAUGAGGUCCUCAACUCCACCCAGUACCCACUACGUAUCAGCAAGGCUGGACGUUUGAUUGACAUCCUGCAUGGGCGGGGCCAGCGUGGCCUCCAGGCCUUCAUGGAGUCUUUGGAGUUCUACCACCCCGAGCAAUACACUCAGCUCACUGGACAACAGCCCACCCAGCGCUGCUCCAUCAUCUUGGAUGAGGAGGGUCCAGAGGGCCUGACUCAGUUCCUGCUGCUUGAGGUGCGUAAGCUGAGGGAGCAGCUGCGGGGGAGCCAAGUGUGUGAGCGCCGCCUGUCCCAGCGUUGCCGUGUGGCCGAGGAGGAGCGCAGCAGGGCUGAACGCAAGACACUGGACCUACGACAUGACCGGCUGCAGAUGGAGAGGCUGCGUCAGGACUGGGAGGCAGGCAGCAGGGAGCUGGGCCGGCUGAAGGACAGACACCUGGAACAGGCUGUGAAAUACUCUCGUGCCCUGGAGGAUCAGGCCAAGGCCUCCGCACGUGAGAGAGAGCUACUGGAACAGAUGGAGCAGCUGAAGACCAGACUGAUGGCAGAGAAAGAGACUGACAGUAGUCCUGUCUCUAUUGCUCCAGUCAGAAGGAACAGGAGUGUCGCCCAUCGGACGAACGACGCCCCCGCUGUUCCCGAGAAGAGGGAGAAGCCACUGCAGCACAUUGACAUUCAGAAGUCAGGUCACAUUGAAACACAGGCUCUGUUGGACAUCCUGAAGCAGGACCGCAGGGAGGCAGCAGAGCAGAGACACGAGCUGUGUGGCAACAUCGCCAGAUUACAGGGAGAGCUGGAGAGCUCUGAGGAUUUCAGGGACAAGCUGGAGUCUCAGUGUGAGCAGCUGCAACUGAAGGUGAGGACUCUGCAGCUGGACUGGGAGACGGAACAGAAAAGGAGCAUUUCCUACUUCAACCAGAUUAUGGAGCUGGAGAAGGAGAGGGACCAGGCUCUGCGCAGUCGAGACAGCCUGCAGUUGGAGUAUACUGACUGCCUAUUGGACAAGAACCGCCUGCGUAAACGCAUCGCAGAGCUUCAGGCCAAUCUAGAGCAGCAGCAGAGAGAGCUGGAGAAAGAGAAGGACAGGAGCAGGGAGCAGAGUUCUCCCUGUAUGCACUGUUCUCACCUGUCUCUGUGCAGCGAAGACCAGUGCUACGGGCCCUGCUGCUCCCUAGACCUCAGCCCUCUGCCCAACGGCACUCACCAGCUGCUCUGCAAGUCUCCCUCUACAGACCAAACCCAUGACCACUCCGAAGGUUCCCGCUCAAACUCAGAGGAGAAUCUCUUGACAGCAACAGUGGACAGUGAAAGGGAUGUUAACAGGCUCUCCAUCUUCCCCUUCCCUCCCUGCAUGAACUCCAUCAACCGCAGGGUCAACAUAGAGUUUGACCUGGACUCCUGGGGCAGUGAUGAGAAUGAGAACCUCACAGGAGUCCAGAGUGAGGUCUCCCUGUCGAACUCCUGUAGCUCCCUGCAUUCCCACUUCUUCCCCCCUGACCUCAUCAACCUGCCCCCUGUCCCACCUCACAAACCCAACUACAGCAGUCUCGGUUUCGUGCCCCUGUCCCCCGUCCCUAGUCCCCCCACUACGCCCAAAAGAGGAAGAGGCAGCCUGGCAGAUGACAUCACCAUCAUUGGGGGCAACCGCACAGGCAUCUUUGUUAGCAGCGUCAGAGCUGGUUCUCCUGCUGAGCAGUGUGGUCUGAAGGAGGGCAGUGAGUUACUGGAGCUGGAGAAGGUUCUGUUUGGUGGGGGCAGUGUACUGAUGGGCCAGUGCACUGGAGAGGUGGCACACUUCUCUCUGCAGUGGUGGACAGAGCCCUCUUCUCUCAAACACCAGACCAACACAGAGGCCUACUCCAAGUUAUGUGCCCAGCUCCCUUCUCCUACCUUCCACGGUGCUGACUCCUUCUACGUCCGCGUCAACCUGGACCUGGACCCUCAUAGCGACCUGCCCUGUCUGGGGGUGCGCUGUGAUGACAUAAUACACGUCACUGACACCCGUUACAAUGGGAAGUACCAGUGGCGCUGCACCCUGGUGAACCCUGGCACAGCCAAGCCCUUGCAGGCGGGGGUCAUGCCCAAUUACAACAGAGCCCAGCAGCUGUUAUUGGUGAGGUUACGUACCAUAGCCCUGGAGCAGAAGGAUUUCAAGAAGAAAGUAUCCAAGAAGGGCUCUGAGCGUGUGCGAUUGGUCAAGGCUGUGUCCCCCAGCUGUCGUGGGAUUGGUUCCACCCCACAGGUCCUUUACACACUCAGCAACCGUCACGAGGAGCACCUGAUUCCUUACAGUAUGGUCCAGCCAAUACAGGUCAAGACCAAACGGCCUGUCAUCUUCUCCCCCUCCCUACUCUCUCGUGGCCUCAUAGAGAGACUGCUUCAGCCAGCAAAGUCUGGACUGGACUUCAACACCUGCCAACCAGAGCCAAUCCAGGCCACAGAGAGAAAUGAUAAGAGUGUUUUCCUGCUAGAUGCUUCCACCCCAGAGCAGGCUCUUGGAAUCAGUCUGCAGUCUAUUCAGGAUGUAAUAAGCCAGGACAAGCACUGUCUGUUGGAGCUGGGCCUGAGUAGUGUGGAGGGCCUUCUGAGGCAGGGGAUCUACCCUAUCGUCAUUAAUAUCCGACCCAAGAACAAAAAACACAAGAAGCUAAAGAAGUUGCUGACCGGGCGAGGGGAGGAUGGCGUGAUGCAGGAGGUGUGUCAGGCGGACGAGCAGCAGCUGGAGACCCUGCCCCUGCUCUACCACACUUUGGAAUCCAGCACCUGGAGCUGCACCGAGGAUCUGCUUCUCGCCAUACGCAAUGUCAUCCACAGCCAGCAGAAGGCACUGCUGUGGGUUGAGUUGGAAAGGCUCCAAUAGAUCCCAAUGUUAUCGCCCAGUUUUAUUGUUGUACUUAGCUAAAUUUUAUACAAUUAAAGAUACAUUUCACACACACCCAUAUAGAUACCUAGUUCUACCACUGUAAAUGUGAAGUUUAAUGUUCAUAUGAUGAAUUUAACCUUACAAGCUCAGUAGUAACGUGUCUUUAUGUUUUAAUGUUGUAUUUCUUGUCCACCUAUGCUAAACAUCAGCAUUAAACAACCUUCAUUAGUUAACAGAG